UCCAGCCCGCAGUCCGAGCGGCUAGAGCGCUCGGAGACCCUACGCGAAGCCAAGAGGAGCGAGCCGGCGCCCCAGUCUCCUUCCCCUCCCCUCGCCUCGCCGCCUUCUCCCGCAGCCGGACCGGAACUAUGUGAUCCCGGAAGUUCCGGUGCUAUUGCUGUGUGGGAUAAACAGUAAUGGCGGAGGCUGCAGCUCCCGGAACAACAGCCACAACAUCAGGAGCAGGAGCGGCAGCGGCGGCGGUGGCAGCGGCCUCCCCCACCCCUAUCCCCACAGUCACCUCCCCGUCCUCGGGGGCGGGGGGAGGGGGAGGCGGCAGCGACGGCAGCGGCGGCGGCUGGACUAAACAGGUCACCUGCAGGUAUUUCAUGCACGGCGUUUGUAAGGAAGGAGAUAACUGCCGCUACUCCCAUGACCUCUCUGACAGUCCUUACGGUGUAGUGUGCAAGUAUUUUCAGCGAGGAUACUGCAUUUACGGAGACCGCUGCAGAUAUGAACAUAGCAAGCCUUUGAAACAGGACGAAGUGACUGCUGCAGAUCUAACUGCGAAAUCAUCCCUUGCUGCUUCCUCAAGUCUCUCAUCAGGCAUUGGACCAGUUGUUGAAAUGAAUACGGGCGAAGCCGAGUCAAGAAAUUCAAACUUUGCAACUGUAGGAGCAGGUUCAGAAGACUGGGUGAAUGCCAUUGAGUUUGUUCCUGGGCAGCCCUACUGUGGCCGUACUGCCCCUUCCUGCACUGAAGCAUCCCCGCAGGGCUCAGUGACCAAGGAGGAAUUGGAGAAAGAGCAAACGGCAGCAGAAACCAAGCAGCAGCUUUGUCCCUAUGCUACGGUCGGAGAAUGCCGGUACGGGGAGAACUGUGUGUAUCUCCACGGCGACUCCUGCGACAUGUGUGGGCUGCAGGUCCUCCAUCCGACGGAUGCUGCCCAGAGAUCGCAGCAUAUAAAAUCUUGCAUUGAGGCCCAUGAGAAGGACAUGGAGCUCUCAUUUGCUGUCCAGCGCAGUAAGGACAUGGUGUGUGGCAUCUGCAUGGAGGUGGUCUAUGAAAAAGCCAACCCCAGCGAGCGCCGCUUUGGGAUUCUCUCCAACUGCAACCACACUUACUGUCUCAAGUGUAUUCGCAAGUGGAGGAGUGCUAAGCAAUUUGAGAGCAAGAUCAUAAAGUCCUGCCCAGAAUGCCGGAUCACAUCUAACUUUGUCAUUCCAAGUGAGUACUGGGUGGAGGAGAAAGAAGAGAAGCAGAAACUCAUUCAGAAAUACAAGGAAGCAAUGAGCAACAAGGCGUGCAGGUAUUUUGAUGAAGGACGUGGGAGCUGCCCAUUUGGAGGGAACUGUUUUUACAAGCAUGCGUACCCUGAUGGCCGUAGAGAGGAGCCACAGAGACAGAAAGUGGGAACAUCAAGCAGAUACCGGAAACAACAGAAUAGAAGAUGCUACUGGACAGUGCCAUCCCUAUCAUGGCCUUGUUUCUUACAGGCCCAACGAAGGAACCACUUCUGGGAGCUCAUUGAGGAAAGAGAGAACAGCAACCCCUUUGACAACGAAGAAGAGGAGGUUGUCACCUUUGAGCUGGGCGAGAUGUUGCUUAUGCUUUUGGCUGCAGGUGGGGACGACGACCUGACAGACUCUGAAGAUGAGUGGGACUUGUUUCAUGAUGAGCUGGAAGAUUUUUAUGACUUGGAUCUAUAGCAGCUUGACGUGGCCGGUGAACUGGUCUGCUGAGCCUCAGACAGUAGCUGUGCCCUCUGGUGGUGUGGCAGUGCCCGAGCUUCUCUCCUAGGCAGGCCUAUCAACUCCAGGUGCUGUCGUGAUCCUCCUUACCCAGGGCCUGUCUCGAUCCCUCACCUUGCCCCAAGGAGUGUGUUGUUUUCUGUUAAAAAAGUUACAAAAAUAAACCUUAAAGCUA